AGUCUUGCUAUAGCUUUAGUUUAGUAACUAGUCUGACUGAUGCACUUUGUAACUGGACUAGCUUUGGAACAUUUGCCCUCUGAGGUCUUUGGAGUCAUUUAGAAUAAAAGUGGAUAAACCUGCUUUUGCACUGGGGGAUUUUUACUUGUUUUUCCACAUUGGGAUUCAUUUUUUGAAAAGUUUGGAAAUGUGUUCUGGAGGGAAUCAGAGGACUCUGGCUGCUAUUUGCACCAUCUUGAUAUUUGUUGUAUGUUCAGCUGAAGGAGAGGCGUCCAGAGGCUGUUCCCGUUCCUGCUCCUGCCCCCCGUCUCCACCCUCCUGUCCGCUCGGAGUGAGCUGGGUGCUGGAUGAGUGCGGCUGCUGUAAGGUGUGCGCCCAACAGUUCAACCAGAACUGCAGCCCUGACCGACCCUGUGACCACAUCAAGGGCCUGCGCUGCCACCUAGGGGCCGGAGGGGACCCUCGGCGUGGUCUCUGCAGAGCUGAGGCUCAGGGCCGUCCGUGUGAGUUUGCUGGCCGUGUGUAUCAGCACGGAGAGGAUUUCCAGCCCAGCUGUCAGCACCAGUGCAGCUGUAUGGAUGGUGUGGUGGGCUGUAUGCCGCUGUGUCCACACAACAUCCCUCUGCCCCGCAGACACUGCGCCAACCCGCAUCUGGAGACGCCACCUGGACGCUGCUGUGAGGAGUGGCUGUGUGACGAUGAUAACAGCAUCAGGGAAGACCCACCGGACCCCCGUCCCCAUCAAACCCCAUCCAACCACAUCAGCAAACUCACACAGAGCCCUAACAGCAUCCUGUCCCGGAGGGGCUCCUUUCAAGAGUGGGCGUCCCUGCCAGUGUCUCGGGUUCCCUUCCCAUCAUCCGAAUGUUUCCCACAGACCACUGACUGGUCCGGAUGUUCUGCUUCCUGCGGGUUUGGCAUCUCGAGUCGUGUGACCAAUAGUAAUGCCCAGUGCAAGCUUGUUAGAGAGACUCGCCUUUGCCAGAUCAGAGAGUGUGACAUCACUCCAGCUAUGAAGAAAGGAAAGACGUGCAGGCAAACGGUGAGGUCUCGGGAACCGGAGCAGAUCACGUUCGCCGGCUGCUCUACGGCUCGCCGCUACCGGCCUCGUACCUGUGGCUCGUGUGUGGACGGCAGGUGCUGUCAGCCAUCCUCAUCCCGCACGGUGCGCCUGCGCUUCCGCUGCCCGGACAGCGAGAACAUCACGCGUAACGUCAUGUGGAUCCAGCGCUGCCACUGCAAUAAGAGCUUCUGCAGGGUUCAGAGAGAGCGAUCCUCACCCGCCGUCAGCCUUCACAAUGACAUACACACCUUCUCUCACUGAACACACACUCACACACAACGCGCCAUCACUCCAUAAUGGCUAAAACUCACUUUUCACUCUCAAAGGACAUUCCAAAAGAGUUUCCUGAACUAUAGAAUAGUAAACUGUACUAGACUGUAUAAAGUUUUUGCACUUUAUGUGUUUUUCCUUUGCUUUGACCUACAGGCCCUGAUUCUCAUGAAAACAUGUCCAGGUCACUUUUCUUGAGGAUUUGUCAGAAGGCAUUGUUAACUGUUGUUAGCCCAUCUUUCGGCUUUUAUUUAUUCUGUUAUUUUUCAAUCUGAAGUGCUGAUUGUAUCUUGAAGGAUUUAUUUGGCAUCAGAUGAAUGACUUCCUGUCACUCGAUGGGUAAGAGAAUGCACUAGUAAUGAGGGCAGUGAGGUAUUACCUGAUUAAGGGAUAAAAGGAAGACUUUUUCAAAUAUUUUUUUCUGUCCAUUCUUCACACUGAGUUUUUACUCGUAUAUUAAGGUGUACAGCAAUUUUCAUGAGUUAAUGUGUGGAGGAAAGCAGGGUAGAGAUGUGUUUUUAGCACAGAUGAGUGUGAGCGGAUGGCUGGAGACUUGCUUUGUCUUUUGUACCGUGUACAGGCUUCACUAUAGGUGGAGUGACUCUUUGAGACUGCUUCAUUUUUCGGGGCAUCCUUUAAAUUCUAGAUGCUCUCUUGUAUCGAAGUGAACGACUAUUUGUAUAGUUAAGAUAUUGAAUAUAAAUGACUUCGCUGAC